GACUAGGGUUUUGCUGAGAAGCCAUGGCGAUUGAAUGUCUUGUUCUGGGAGCCGGUCAAGAAGUCGGGAAGAGCUGUGUCGUAGUCUCAAUUGGUGGGAAGAGGAUCAUGUUCGACUGUGGAAUACAUAUGGGGCAUCACGACCACCAACGCUACCCUGAUUUUUCUCUCAUCUCUAAAUCUGGCGAUUUUGAUAAGGCUCUGACCUGCGUCAUUAUCACUCACUUUCAUUUGGAUCAUGUGGGAGCACUUACCUACUUCACUGAGGUCUGUGGUUACAGCGGCCCAAUUUACAUGACUUAUCCUACAAAAGCUUUGGCUCCUUUGAUGCUGGAGGAUUCUAGGAAAGUGAUGGUAGACCGAAAGGGAGAGGAAGAACAGUUCACUUAUAAUCAUAUAAUGGAUUGUAUGAAGAAAGUUACAGCAGUGGAUUUGAAGCAGACUGUGCAAGUUGAUAAGGAUCUCCAGAUUCGUGCAUAUUAUGCAGGGCAUGUUCUUGGUGCAGCAAUGUUUUAUGCAAAAGUUGGAGACAGUGCUAUUGUCUACACAGGGGAUUAUAACAUGACACCUGAUAGACAUCUUGGAGCAGCUCAAAUUGAUCGACUACAACUAGAUCUCCUUAUAACAGAAUCCACAUAUGCAACAACUGUACGUGAUUCAAAAUAUGGCCGUGAGAGGGAGUUUCUUAAGGCUGUUCAUAAAUGUAUCUCUGGUGGAGGAAAAGUUUUGAUUCCAGCAUUUGCUUUGGGAAGAGCCCAGGAGCUCUGUAUACUAUUGGAUGAUUACUGGGAGCGAAUGAAUCUAAAGAUUCCUAUUUACUUCUCUGCAGGUUUAACUAUACAAGCUAAUAUGUAUUAUAAGAUGCUUAUUGGAUGGACCAGCCAAAAAAUCAAAGAUACAUAUGCAACACGCAAUGCUUUUGACUUCAAACAUGUUUGCAGUUUUGACCGUUCUUUAAUAAAUGCUCCUGGACCUUGUGUUCUCUUUGCUACACCUGGGAUGAUCAGUGGUGGUUUUUCCCUUGAGGUUUUCAAGCAGUGGGCUCCCUCUGAGAUGAAUCUUGUUGCACUGCCUGGGUAUUGUUUGGCUGGAACAAUAGGACAUAAGUUGAUGUCAGGUAAACCCACAAAAAUUGAUCUGGAUAAGGACACACAAAUUGAUGUGAGAUGCCAGAUUCAUCAGAUGUCUUUUAGUCCUCACACGGAUGCCAAAGGGAUUAUGGAUCUGGUCAAAUUUCUCUCCCCAAAGCAUGUAAUACUUGUACAUGGUGAAAAGCCUAAAAUGGCAACCUUGAAAGGGAGAAUCCGGACUGAAUUUGGAAUCGAGUGUUAUGAUCCAGCAAAUAAUGAAACCGUGUGUAUUCCUUCAACUACAUAUGUGAAAAUAGAUGCUACACCCACGUUUAUUCGGAAUUGCUUGAAACCAAAUCCUCAGCUCUUCAAAGGCAGUCAAGAAGGUAACUACACCGAUAUCAAGAGCCUGCCAUUGCCACAUGUAAGGGAUGAAAAGGUGGGUGAAGGGAUCCUUGUUAUGGAGAAAACAAAGAAAGUGAGGGCUGUGCACCAGACUGAACUGUUCCCAAUAUUGGGAAUGGUUGAAAACAAAGUUCAGUUUGCAUACUGUUGCCCUGUAAAUAUGAGCAGUCUUGAACAUUUUAGAUCACAUGAACUUAGCAAUCAAUCAUCAUUAUCGAUUGGGGAUUCCCUACGGUCAGGUGCCUUAUCAAGUUCAUUGGCCAAAAAUACAGAUCCUUCUUCCUCAACAAAAAUGUUGCCAUCUUUUGAUCAAUGUUCUUGGCUUCACCUUUUAUUGUUAAAACUUUCCCAUACACUUUCUGAAGGGAGCAACAUCCAACAGUUUCCUGACCAUCUACAAUUGGAGUCAUUCCGUGUUUCCGUCUGUUCGAAUGCCAGCUGCCCUUACAAGUUCAAGGCGGAAGUACAUGAUGAAUCAGCGGCUAUAUACUUUUGCUGCAGUUGGUUGGUAAGUGAUGAAAAGCUGGCAUGGAGAGUCAUUUCAGUGAUGAGGGAUUGCGAUUCAACUGCCUCUCAAGGACAACCAAGUAGCUGACUCAUGGUUUGAUAAACCUCAUUUAGUAACAAUAUUGGUCGACUGCAGCCCAGAAGUCUCUUUGCUAGAAUCUCUCGUUGCUGAUUCUAAACAAGUAAAUUCAAGUUGGACAGCGACUUGGCAAGAGUAGGAUUUCUACUGAUGUCAUAUCUACAUUGAUUCACUGGAAAUUAAAAUAUCAUGGAUUUUGGUUCUUGAUUG